AUGCUCGGUGGGGGUCAUGCGGACGCAUUCGCCGAUGCCAUCGGAAAGAAGACGGCUAUUGUGUACCUACGCGCGAGCGCUAUUGGCCUCGUGCCUCCUGCUCUACUCCGCCAUGGCUAUUGGGCAUUUGGGCUCAACAUUGAGAUCGCCUCUGUCUCCGUGGUCACGGCUGCGAGGAAGCGGAGCGGCGGGCUCCACCUCCACUCGAUGGCUGCGAGCGGGGGGCGCAGGAUGCCACGAUACGGGCAGGGAAGAGCUGCCGCACGGGGACAGCAGGGGAAGAGGAGGGUAAGGCAGGCGGACGGAAGUACCGGCGGCGGUGCAGGCCGUGCAGGAGGGUGGUGGCCCUACAUCCAGUGCGGCGGCGCGAGGACGGGAGCGCCGGGCGUUGGGGAAGAAGGGUCUAGAAAAGUGCAAGCUCUUUUGCCUGCUGUUGGACGGUCCGAUCAGGAUCUGACGGCCGAUAAAUUGGAGGCGACGUGGCCCAAUCCCUGGCCAGAGCUUGGCCCUGAUUUCGUAGUAUAG